ACGCGCGUGGUUCCCCCGGUCGCGAGGAGGAGGAGGAGGAUGUGGCGCGCGGAGGGGAAAUGGCUGCCGAAAACAAGCCGGAAGGACUGAAGAGAAUACGUAAUCCGGAUCGAAUGUACAGAUCGGCCGUCGGUUAUGCCGGCCAUGCUCCUCCUAAGGGUGUCAGCGAUGACACGGAGACCAACAACGAACAUGGACAUUUGAAAAUUUACCUGCCCAAAAAGCUGCUUGAAUGUCUACCCAAAUGUUCCUCGCUGCCCAAGGAGAGACACAGGUGGAACACCAACGAGGAGAUCGCGGCAUACUUGAUAACGUUUGAGAAGCAUGAGGAGUGGCUGACGACGUCCCCUAAAACACGCCCACAGAAUGGGUCGAUGAUUCUGUACAACAGGAAGAAGGUGAAGUACAGAAAAGAUGGCUACUGCUGGAAGAAGCGGAAAGACGGCAAGACCACCCGAGAGGAUCACAUGAAGCUGAAAGUGCAGGGAGUGGAGUGUCUGUACGGCUGCUACGUCCACUCCUCCAUCAUACCCACCUUCCACCGCAGGUGCUACUGGCUCCUCCAGAACCCAGACAUCGUGCUGGUCCAUUAUCUGAACGUGCCGGCCAUAGAGGACUGUGGUAAACCAUGCGGGCCCAUCCUCUGCUCCAUCAACACCGACAAGAAGGAGUGGGCCAAGUGGACCAAGGAGGAGCUCAUCGGCCAGCUAAAGCCCAUGUUUCAUGGCAUCAAGUGGACUUGCAGCAAUGGGAACAGCAGCACCGGCUUCUCUGUGGAGCAGCUGGUGCAGCAGAUUCUGGACAGCCACCAGACCAAGCCGCCUCCCCGGACCCACAACUGCCUCUGCACGGGCACCCUGGGUGCAGGGAGCAGCCUCCAUCAUAAGUGCAACAGCGCCAAGCACCGCAUCAUCUCUCCCAAGCUGGAGCCCCGCUCCGGAGGGUACGGCGGCGCCCACUCCGAGGUGCAGAACAACGACGUCUCCGAGGGCAAGACCGAGCACAGCCACGGCGGGGGCAAGAGCGCCCGGGGUGGGGCAGAGGGUGGCGGCGGCGGGGGCGCCCGGGAGAAGCGCAACGGCAAGGUGCACAAGCCGGCGCUCCUGCACCAGAGCAGCACGGAGGUGUCAUCCACCAACCAGGUGGAGGUGCCCGACACCACCCAGAACUCGCCCGUCUCCAUCAGCAGCGGCCUGAACAGCGACCCGGAUAUGGCCGAUAGCCCCGCCGUCACGGGCAUGGGACACGUGGCCUCAGUCAUGGGCGGCCUGCCCCAGGGCGCCGCCGUCUUCAUGUCGGAGGUCACCGGUGACCCCGUCUACAGCAUGUCCCCCACGGGCGGGCCCAACGCCCACCUCAUGGGUGCCGACGCCGCCUCCCAGGGCCUGGUCCUGGCCGUGGCCUCCGACGGCCACAAGUUCGCCUUCCCUGGGGCAGGGGGCGGGGCCGCGGGAGGGGCAGGCCCCGCCGAGGGGCUGGCCAUGCUGUCCGCGUCAGGCGUGUCCGAGGAGCUGGUCCUCUCCAGCAGCCUGGACUCCAGCGCCAUCAAGCUGCCUGAGACCACCAUGAACUUCGACCCCGACUGCUUCCUCAACAACCCCAAGCAGGGCCAGACGUACGGGGGCAGCGGGCUGAAGGCGGACAGUGGGUCCCCCGGCGCCUCGUCCUCCGUGGGGACGGGCGGCAGCUGCAGCAACGGCCUGAGCCGCUCGCCCCCCGUCACCGACAGCAGCUACGGCUUCAACGCCUCCCUGGUCAAGAACAUCAAGACGGAGGACACCUCCUUCGAGCAGCAGCUCGCCAAGGAAAGCGGCUACCAGGUGGGCGAGGUGGUGAGCGCCGGGGGCGGCAUGUCGGGCUCCGGAGGGGUGGCCCAGGGCGCCCUCACCCUGACACCCACGGGCUCUCUGCUGCCCUCCGGUGGCGGGCUGAGUCCCAGCACCACGCUGGAGCAAAUGGACUUCAGCGCCAUCAACGCCAAGCAGGACUACUCGUCUGGCGCCGUGUCAGCAGGCUACGCCCAGGCCUUGGCCAGCCCCCACCUAGUUCACCCCAGCCGCUCUCCCAGCUUCUUCCUCCAGGAGGCGCCGCAGCCCACUCAGAGCGGCCAAGGCUCAGGACAGAAGAGCCACCUGCUGGAGCAAAACUCCCAUGACUCAGGGGCCUAUCUGGGCCUGCAGGUGGUCAAGACAGACUCCCCUGACAGCAACGGGCACCUCCACCUCCACCACCACCACACCCACCAGGGCACCCCCAACUGCAACGGAGGGUCCCCUACGGAGAGGCCCGGCCAGCCAGGAUCUCUGCAGCUGCUGCAGUACCAGGGCGGCUUCCCAGGCCUGGGUGCUGAGCAUGAGGAGGUGGUGAGCAUCGAGCAGACGGGCAGCGCCGGGGCUGGCCAGGCAGCAGGCUCAGAGACCAGGGCGGACGGGAUACUCAAGACCGGGGAUCACCUGCAGGCCUGUGGGGGCAGCGCAGAGGGAGGGGCCACCGAGCACUACCUCCAGCAGACCACUGAUGAUGGAGGGGGAGGAGGAGGAGGGACGGCGGGCGGAGGAGGAGGGGCAAACGCAACUGUGGUGCUGCGCAACGGUAGCUCCAGCAAUGGCGCGGGAGGCAGCCCCCACCAGCAGCUACAGCCCCUCCUGCAGGGCGGGCUUGUCCAGGGGCUCUACAACGCGGUGGGCGCCCACCAGGCCCUGGGAGCGGCCGGGACCGGCGGGGCCGGCAUGGAGAUCAGCCUGGACCACUUCGACAUCUCCUUCGGGAACCAGUUCUCCGACCUCAUCAACGACUUCAUCUCGGUGGACGGGACUGGGGCCGCGGUGGGGCCGGGCGGGGCCCUCUACGCCCACCAGCUCAUGGCCCAGCACGGGUCAGAGGGGCAGGCGGCGGCGGUGGCGGCAGCGGCAGCGGCGGCAGCAGCGGGGGCCCCCCAGCAGAGCACCGAGGACGCAGGGACUCGAGCGGCAGGAUACAGCCCGGCGGAGCUCUGUCUGCAGCCCUGCUGCAGCCCUCAGUCUCUGGGUAGCGGGGCCGCGGCGGGGGGCGCCGGCGGGGAGGCGGGCUCGCUGGCCUACAUGCACGUGGCGGAGGUGGUGUCAGCGGCCGUGGCCCAUGGGACCCUGGGAAUGCUGCAGGCCACCGGGAGGCUCUUCAUGGUCACAGACUACUCGCCUGAGUGGUCCUACCCCGAGGGUGGAGUGAAGGUGCUCAUUACGGGCCCGUGGCAGGAGGCCAGCAGCAAUUACAGCUGCCUGUUUGACCAGAUCACCGUGCCGGCCUCCCUCAUCCAGCCCGGGGUGCUGCGCUGCUACUGCCCGGCCCAUGACACAGGACUGGUGACCCUACAGGUUGCCGUCAGCAAUCAAAUCAUCUCCAACUCAGUGGUGUUUGAGUACAAGGCCCGCGCCCUGCCCGCCCUUCCUUCCUCCCAGCACGACUGGCUCUCCCUGGACGAUAACCAGUUCAGAAUGUCCAUCCUGGAGCGGCUGGAGCAGAUGGAGCGCAGGAUGGCGGAGAUGGCCGGCCACCACCAGCAGGGCAGCGGAGGAGGAGGAGGAGCUGGUGGAGCAGGAGGAGGAGGAGGGGGCGGAGCAGGAGGAGGAGGGGGCGGGGCUGCAGGAGGAGGCGGGGGAGGAGGAAAUGGAGGCAACACCACCCAGUCACAGUUUGCGGCCGGGCAGGGCCAGGCCGGCAGCUCUUUCGAGAGCCGCGUGGUGGUGGUGUGCGAGAAGAUGAUGAACCGCGCCUGCUGGGCCAAGUCCAAGCACCUCAUCCACUCCAAGACCUUCCGCGGCAUGACGCUGCUCCACCUGGCCGCCGCGCAGGGCUACGCCACCCUCAUCCAGACCCUCAUCAAGUGGCGCACCAAGCACGCAGACAGCAUUGACCUGGAGCUGGAGGUGGACCCUCUCAACGUGGACCACUUCUCCUGCACCCCCCUGAUGUGGGCGUGCGCUCUGGGCCACAUGGAAGCGGCGCUGGUUCUGUACAAGUGGGACCGGCGGGCGCUGGCCAUCCCGGACUCCCUGGGCCGCCUGCCCCUGGCCAUCGCCCGCUCCCGCGGCCACACCAAGCUGGCCGAGUGUCUGGAGCAGCUGCAGAGGGAGGACCAGCAGACCCCCACCUCGCUGCCCCCCACCCCUCGCAUGUCCUUCUCCCCCGCGCCCGACGCCCCCGCCUCCGACAGCUGGAUGGUCACAUGGGGCAGCGACGGGGCGGCAGCGCCCAGCGGGCAGAAAGGGGGUUCCACGAGCACCACCCCUUCCACCACAAAUGUCAACCCAGACUUGAGAAGACCCAGGUCAGAGCCCUCCAGCUACUACAGCAGCGAGUGCCAGAGGGACCUCCCCCUCGCCAAGAAACACAAGCCCAACCCCGAGGUCUUCCAGGCGCGACCCGACAAGGCCAUGUCCGUCCCCCUCACCCUGGAGCAGCAGCAGCUGCAUAAGCUGGCCGGCAGCCCCAAGACCCCGCUGUCAGAGAGCCUCGGCGCGGACAGGGGGCUGGAGGAGGGGUCCGGGGCCGAGGGCGCGUCUCAGGCUAAGCUGGGGGUGCUCCGCGGCUCGGUAGGCGGCGGCGGAGGCGGGGCAGCCGGCUGGAGCACCAGGGAGCUGUACUCGGCGGGAAGCUCGGGUAGGAAGGGGGCCGGAGGGGGCGGGAGCGGCGGCACGGGCAAGGAGAAGCUGGCCAGCCGGCUGCGUCAGCGGGAGACGCUCGGCAUGCUCAUGGUGUCCGAGCGGGAGAUGGCCGACACGGAGCUGCUGGCCUACCGGGAGGACCUGGAGAACCAGGACUGCCUGACGCACAUGGACGACCUACAGGUGAACAUGAUGACCCUGGCGGAGCACAUCAUCGAGGCCACGCCUGAGCGCAUCAAGCGGGAGAACUUUGUCGCCACGGAGACAGCUCCCCUGGACAGUACAGGGGUCACCAACACCAUGAGCUGGCUGGCCAGUUACCUGGGAGAUGUGGAGCACUUGCCCAGCCUCAUACACUUACGGUCCCUGUACAGCGAGCCCCUGACGCCCUCCUCCAACCCCAGCCUCAGCCCGGCCGGCUCCCCGCUGCACGAGGGGCCCCUGGACAGCAAGCCGGGCCUGCCCUCCCCGGCCAACUGGAGCGACUUCCUCAACGCCUCCAACAGCAAGGUGGAGCGGGAGCUGGCCCAGCUGACCCUCUCGGACCCGGAGCAGAGAGAGCUGUACGAGGCCGCCCGGCUAGUGCAGACCGCCUUCCGCAAGUACCAGGGCCGCCCGCUCCGGGAGCAACAGGAAGUAGCAGCCGCCGUCAUCCAGCGCUGCUACAGGAAGUACAAACAGCUAACAUGGAUAGCCUUGAAGUAUGCACUUUAUAAGAAGAUGACGCAGGCCGCCAUCCUUAUCCAGAGUAAAUUCCGCAGCUACCACGAGCAGAAGAAGUUCCAGCAGAGCCGGCGGGCGGCCGUGCUGAUCCAGCAAUACUACCGCAGCUACAAGGAGUGCGGCAGGCUGAGGCCCCACCGCCGCGCUGCUGCAGCCGCCCUGGUGCAGCACAAACUCAGAAGCAGUCUGCUCACCAAGAAGCAGGAUCAGGCCGCCCGCAAGAUCAUGAGGUUCUUGCGCCGCUGUCGCCACAGCCCCUUGAUGGACCAUAGACUGUUCAAGCGGAGUGAAAGAAUUGAAAAGGGCCAGGGAACAUGAGAGCGUUCCGAAGAGCCCCCUCACGAUGUGACAUCAAUCUUCAGACUCUUUUCUUUUUCUUUUUUCUGUUUGUACCAGACAUUUUACAAGACGAAAAAAAAAACUAUCCGACAAAAGGAAUUCAAGGAGUACACUGCGAUUAUUAGUACGACAAUACACCAACUGAUUCUACUUCUGCCAAUGCAACAGCAUUGCUUUUUUUCCUUCCUCUGAGGGGGCAAUGUGGGAAGUUCUGCAGAAAUUAAACUAUAUGGGGGAAAAAGGGGAAAAAGUAACAUUAUCUUCAUGACAUUUUUUGCACUUUUCCAUGGAUUUUUUUGGGAGUAAGAAUAACAGGAAUUGGGGGGGGAAAGAGAACAUGACUGGAGUCUGAGUCAUCCUUUGGAUCAAGAAAGAAGGAUAGAGAAAAGAAGAAGGGUUGCAAAUAUGGAAUCAUAAAAUAUUGACCUGGUUCUGAUUAUAUUUGAUUUUGAUUGUUUUUUAGUGACUACAUAUUCCAUUUGAGAAAAAAAGUAUGAACCAAAAAUUGUUGCCAUUGCUCAUUGACCCAUUUGCACGCACACUCCCGUAUUCAACCAGACAAAAUCAUAAUCAUAAAUCUUAAUUUCCUGUCAAGCUGCCCUCUACCCUGCCAUUCAAUCAAAAGGGGUGGGGCUAUGCAUGAAUGUAGAAAGGGUGUAACGGAAAUAGAUGGGGUUUCCAAAAAAAAAAAAAAAAUCUUAUUUUGUUAUUUUGGGCGAGGGACGGAUGAGGAUGGGGUCAAAUCCUUGGAAGUGGAUUGCCCUUUUUUAAAGCACCAUUAUAUUAUUGUUUUUAAAUUUUCUGAUUAGUCUUUUGCUUAAUGUCGCUUUUAUCGCUAGCCUGCCUUUGUGAGUCCUGUGUUGUUGAAUUUAAUCAGGAAAAAAAAA